AUGAGUAUGUUGGGACUGCAGUCCUACGGCAGCUCCUCCGAGGGCGAUUCUGAUGACGAACAACAACAAAACAAGAAACAGGAGGAGGAGCAAAAGGUUCCCGCCUUGCAUUUGCAACCUGUGGACAAAACACACUCGCUGUCCACAGCGCUGGCAGUUUGCGCUGCUCCAGAUGUAGUACCCAUGGGUGCAGUAGCCGUCGCACGCACACUUGAUCCCACACUCAAGGAAGUCACGUACAAUCCACGCUAUGAGGAAAUGUUUGCGCCCGUCAAGGGACCCGAGCAUCCCAAUCUGACGAUGCAACAGCGAGCGCCGCGCAACACGCUUGCCGGCUACGUGGAGAAGGCGCACAUAAAUGCAUUUGAAUUUGAGAAUCAGCGUCGCACUUUUCACACCUAUGGCUAUGCCUUGGAUCCCACAGUAGAUGAGGCAGCUGAUGGUCAGUCCUAUGUGGGAGACUUGCAGUCUGCCUACGACGACAAUGGCAAAACGGUAUUCGAGGCGCCCAAGGCCAAGAAAAUGCGCAAGCAAGAGAAGAAUGAUAAUCCCGAGGAUGUGGAGGGUUUCCUCGGUCCCUGGGGACGGUUCGAGAACGAGGUAACUGUGGCUAAGCCAAACGAACAGGAGCGCGCCGAGCUGGAUGAGCUGCUGUCGAAGCGGCACAAACGCGGACGCAUACCCGAGGACAAACCACUCGAGGAGAAGUCCACGCUGCACAUCAAGGAUGCCUACGAUUAUCAGGGACGCUCCUAUCUGCAUGCACCACACGAUCUUGGCGUGAAUUUGCGCUCAAAUGCACCGCCACCCAAAUGCUUUUUGCCCAAGGCGCAUAUUCACACCUGGACGGGUCACAACAAGGGCAUCUCCUCCAUUCGUUGGUUCCCCAAAACCGCCCACUUGCUGCUCUCCGGCUCCAUGGAUUGCCGCGUCAAGCUGUGGGAAGUCUAUGGCGAUCGACGUUGUGUGCGCACUUUCUCUGGUCAUCGACAGGCAAUCAAGGAUAUUGCCUGGAACAACAAGGGUUCGCAUUUUCUAUCCGCAUCAUAUGAUCGCUACAUAAAGCUGUGGGAUGCGGAGACGGGCGAUGUGGUGUCGCGUUUCACAACACGCAAAAUGCCGUUCUGCGUCAAGUUCCAUCCAGACAACAGCAAACAGCAUCUGUUUGUCGCCGGUACCUCCGACAAAAAGAUCAUUUGUUGGGAUACACGAAGUGGCGACAUUGUGCAGGAGUACGACCGGCAUUUGGGCUCCGUUUCCACCAUUACGUUUGUGGAUGAUAAUCGUCGCUUUGUCACCACAUCCGAUGACAAAUCGAUGCGUAUCUGGGAGUGGGAUAUUCCCGUCGAUAUGAAGUACAUUGCGGAUCCCACAAUGCAUUCCAUGCCUGCUGUCACCUUGGCACCCAAUGGCAAAUGGAUGGCCUGCCAAUCGCUGGACAACAAAAUCGUCAUAUUCUCUGCGCUCAAUCGCUUCAAAAUGAACCGCAAGAAAACGUUCACGGGACACAUGGUGUCAGGUUAUGCUUGCCAGCUAGACUUCUCGCCCGAUAUGAGCUAUCUGGUGUCGGGCGAUGGCGAUGGGAAGUGCUACAUCUGGGACUGGAAGACGACGAAAAUGUACAAGAAGUGGCAGGCGCACGAGGGCGUCUGUAUUAGCGCCUUGUGGCAUCCACAUGAAGCGAGCAAAUUGGUCACCGCUGGCUGGGAUGGUCAGAUUAAAUAUUGGGAUUAAUAUGCGCAGUUUGUAGAUUAAUCACUUCUCAUUGUAAGCAAACACAAAUUGUAUAAAAAACAAAAUGCCAACUAUAAUUGACUAAAUGGACAAAACACGACGUUCAUGUUG